AAAGUGGAGACCAAGCCACGACCGCGUACCUCCUCCUCGCCCGUAUGCUGCAUAUAAAGUAGGCGCCAACCCCCACGGCAAUUUCGUUUCAGAGAGCUCCAUCGCUGUUUCAUCCAGAGCCCCGCCAAUAUCUCCAAAACUCUCCGUGGCCAGGGAAAAGAGUGGUGCUAGAGAGAUGGAUGCCCGCGAUCUGCAGACCGUGAUCCUCAAGACGGCGGUGCCCGUGAUGGCCAUGCUGCUGCUGCUCACGGCGUCGACUGUCUCCGUGGCGCCGGACGACUGUGCCUGCGCCUACCUCCGCGCGUGCUUCGGCAGCAACUACUUCCUGAUGAUCGGCGUGCUCUGCCAGAUCAACCUGGCCCGUCUUCUGGCGAAGGAGGCCGUUCUGGCGCCGACGCUGGCGGCCCGGCGCUACUACGCGGUGGGCGCCGUCGCGUGCUUCAUGGAGCUCGCGCUCAAGCUGUGCAUGAUCCUGGUGCUGUGCCCCUCGGCUUAGCUUCGUCGCGCGCGCGUGGAUGUGCCUGCCCAAGGAUCGAAGAUGGAUAGUUUUGGAGUCUGAAGAUGCGCCGUUUUGUUCAGUUAUUACUACUACUCUGCUAAGUUUUACAAGUUUGGAAGGGGACUGUUGUAUGGUGUUUUAGUUUCAAUUCAAUUUGCCUGUCUUGAGAUGUUCGUCCUUGGGUACAAAGACUAUCUUAGUACUACUGUAGUAUUUUGUUAGUCUUGUUCUGUUGGGGCUUUGGAGUUUAGACUGUCUGUAUGAACUUGGACGGGAUUUGAAUUUGUUUAGCUGAAGCCUUGAAGGUUGCAACGUCUUAUGUGAGCAGCAUUUCUCAUUCUUGACGAGGUAGACUAGUAAUUUGCAGCCAGUUCUUCUUCAUGUGCGCGUAGGCCGCUGUUUGAGCCAUCAGCAGUCUUCUUUGAAAUGAAAGAUGUGUAAUCGAUUUUUUUCCUUGAGGCUUGCCCCCCACAUGGGCGCACUCGUCUCCGACGCCCAAAGUGGUUUUAUAUAAAAGAGGAG